AUGCAACUUUCCCAAACAAACAUUGCAGACUUCCUCUCUUUUGUGCCAGACGCCGAUACGGCAGAAGCUGCCUUGUUUCUCCAAAGGGCCGGAAGUGUCAGUGAAGCCGUCGAUCAGUAUUACGAGAAUCCACAAAGAUAUUCUAGCAGAGCACUUUCAGGCAUCAGCACCUCUAUGAGUGUCUCUGUGAGUCAUCGGGCGCAGUCUGCCACUGGCAACCACCCCCUGCCGAUUGCCUUAUCGCCCACCUACCCUCCUUCAUAUUCGCUAGCCAUGAGAAGUCCACCCGCAUCAACCGCAAGUCAAACAAGCCCGAGACAAUCCAUUGCCACAAUGAGCAGUGAAUCCUCACAUCGCCCUCAUACAAAUGCAUUGAUCGAGGCUUCCAAGGUCCGCGCCAGAGAUGAGCCCGAGAUGCAAAAGAUGCUCCACAGUGCUCAGCUGUCAGGUCGGGUUUUCAAUCCCGAAGUUGAGCCUGAACAUGAGACCACCGACCUCUGUGACUGCCCAGUUCACACUUAUUGGAAACGAAAAAUUGAGCGUCUCGAUACUCACGAAACCUGGUCGAAAGCUGUGGUAUAUCCUGGGGAGAAGCCAUAUCAUGAAUUCACCCACCUGCGAUUUUUCAACAAUAACCCUUACUCCGAUGUCAUGUCGUCAUAUGCGCCCAAUGGGUCUGCUCUUUACGGUAUUCCUAGACCCGAUCCACAGUUUCAUGCCAGAUUUGUCGAGCAAACUAUCGCAUUGAACACGAGUCUGAAUAUCAAAGCGCAAGCGGCUGUUCAGGCAAUGGAGCCAUCUUUCAAUGUCUGGGAGCUUGAACAGCUGGAGUCCCUUGUAUCUAAUAUGUCUCAUAGUCGUCGCCUGUCCACAGAAGGUGACGGGAAUGUCGAGAGGCCAUCAACACGCUCAAGCAUCAGAAAGGUCUUGUCCGUUAAAACCUCGGAUGAGCGAACGGCUGUGAAAAUCAAGAAGAAAUUUGCAGGGUCAUUUGAACUGCGCGCUGAAAUUAUGAAAGAGGAGAAUGGCCGAUGGCAGUACGACACUGACAGACAGAUCGUUGCAGCUUACCAAGAGAAGGUCGGCAUAGCCCAACAGGUCGCUGAGUUCCGAACACAUAAACCUCGGCAGUACAUCCAUCUCCUCCGAGCGGGAUAUUUUGAGCCAAUUCCAGUAGCCUGGCAGGGCCAAGCUUGCAGUCCACUCGGGUUCACCAUUGAUUCUGCUGCAGGUUGGAGAGGAAUCACACCUGCAUGGCGAGGCUACACGAACAAUGCCGAAGAAAGACUUUACUGGGUCUUGAAUCACAGAGCAGGAGGUGGAGAUAUGGUAAAGCCGACCUUGCUUCGGGGGUUUGAGAUAGCUUCCGCGCGAAUGGCUUCAGCGGAGGAGCCCAACCCUCGAUAUCACACCCCUGACGAUAUCUGCCACGAGAACCAAUCUAGGGCUUACACGAAACAAGUCAAAGCCCCUUUCAUAUUAGGAUAUACACCCAAAAAGCCUGCCGAUGAGACGAUCAUAAUGUUGGAUGCUUCGGGUUCUAUGGAUCAUGUCCCUGUGCGGCCAGAUUUUGAUAAGUAUCUUGUCACGGGCUUUUCAAAGUCCAAUCAACCGAAAAAUAAAGACAUCGCAAGGGUCAUCGUACGCCGCUUUAUUGAAGCCUUGGGGAAAUACGAAAAUAACGGACAUGGCUACAAACUCACAACAUUCUCCACCGAUGCCGAGUACAUCGACGUGAUCCACAGUUGGACCUUGAAUGAGGCCUGGAGGGAGAUCAAAUUCAAAGGCCGGGCCCGAGUCAUGGCAGGAUGGCAUAAAAUCAAGGAGCUGCAUUUCCAGAAAUACUCCGCAACAGCCACUUACCAUCCAGUCCACGGCUGGCAGGCCGGUCCAGAAACGCCGACAGUCCGACUACUCUUGAUCCUAGAUGGCGAGGCCAGUGAUAUGGACGAGUUUGAGCUAGAGCUUCUCGGUGUUUCAUGGGCUUAUAUCACCAUUUUCUUGAUCGGUGUUGAUGGAUGUCUCCAUCAUCACCGACACGCGAGCAGACUGCAGCGGAUGUGUGAUCAUAAUCCACGAGUUUCUUUCGUCGACGCGCAAGGAAACAUUCCCGAACGAAUGGUCACGCACGAACUGUUGAAGAGGCACCUUGGCCGUGACCUCACCAUUUCUCAAUUCGAAGAAUUGGAGCAAACCUCAGUGGAAUUGCCAUCUCCAUUGCAACCACAGCACCAGAGAAAUCGAUCGAGCCAAACUACACUGGAAUAUUUACCAGUUGAGCUUCCCUCGCCGGAAGAAACAACGCUUUGGCAGAGAGAGCAGCUGUCACCACAGAGGCGGGGGCUCUUCGAGCUACCUGCACAGCAGGCGCCGGUGGAAUUACCUACGUUUGAGGACUCAGUAACCGUGGCGCGGCGUUCUACACAAAGGCCUCCUAUACCACAACCUCCUGCGCCGUUGAGGCAGCCGCCGGUGCCUCCGCCGUUACAGUACGGUCCGUUGGACCCACCACCACCUUAUUUGGAGACUGCAUGA